CAACAGAACCCGGCGCGUGACAAGUAAAUGGGUAGUUCUGGGGGUGUGGUGUCACGUGGAUACAUUUAAAUUACUAGAGUUUGUAGCGAAGUUGCACAAACAAAGUUUAGCAACAACCAGUCCAACAACCAGGGCAGACACAUAACGAGGAUGGACGCGGCAAUUCGCAAAAUGAACGGGGACCAUAGCACACAGGGUUCCAUGUACCUGGAGGAGAAGACCUAUAAGACUGGUGUGCUGUCCUGUAUCUUUUCUCUGAAGGAGGAGGUCGGGGCUCUGGCCAGGGCUCUUAGACUGUUUGAGGAGAAGGGUAUUAAUCUAACCCAUAUCGAGUCUCGUCCAUCACGGAAGAACAGUCAGGAGUACGAGUUUUUCAUCAGCGUGGACACAGCCUGCUCCCAGGCCCUGGACGAAGUCAUUGACGGCCUCCGUACACAGAUCAGUGGCCACGUGCAUGAGCUGUCACGCAAUAAGCAGGGAGAUACAGUUCCCUGGUUCCCAAAUCAUAUCCAGGACUUGGACCGAUUUGCUAACCAAAUUCUGAGCUAUGGUUCUGAACUGGACGCUGACCAUCCUGGCUUCACAGAUCCUGUCUACAGAGCACGCAGGAAGGAAUUUGCUGACAUCGCCUACAACUACCGACAUGGUCAGGUCAUCCCUUAUGUGGAUUACACAGCUGAGGAGAAGGCUACAUGGGGUACUGUAUUUAAGGAGCUAAAGACACUGUACCCCACUCACGCCUGCCGUGAACACAACCGUGUCUUCCCGCUGCUGGAGAAAUACUGUGGCUACCGGGAGGACAACAUUCCCCAGCUGGAGGACAUCUCUCGCUACCUACAGGCAUGCACUGGUUUCCGACUGCGUCCUGUUGCCGGACUGUUGUCCUCUCGAGACUUCCUUGCUGGUCUAGCAUUCCGAGUGUUCCACUCCACUCAGUAUAUUCGUCAUGGAUCCAAACCUAUGUAUACACCUGAGCCGGAUAUCUGCCAUGAACUGCUGGGACAUGUCCCUCUGUUUGCUGACCCAAGUUUUGCCCAGUUUUCACAGGAAAUUGGACUGGCCUCUCUGGGAGCUCCAGAUGAAUUCAUUGAAAAACUUGCAACAGUUUACUGGUUUACUGUGGAGUUUGGGCUCUGUAAGCAAGGCUCUGAGAUUAAGGCUUAUGGAGCAGGACUGCUCUCAUCCUUUGGCGAGCUUCAAUAUUGCUUGACUGACAAGCCAAAGGUACUUCCUUUUGACCCAGAGAAAACCAGUGCACAGAAGUACCCAAUCACAGAAUUCCAGCCUGUUUAUUUUGUUGCUGAGAGCUUUGAGGACGCCAAGGAGAAAGUCCGGAAAUUUGCCGCCACCAUCCCACGGCCAUUCUCUGUGCGUUAUAAUGCUUAUACACAGAGCAUUGAAGUGCUGGACAACACACAGCAGCUGAGAAACCUGGCUGAUAGUAUCGGUGGUGAGAUCAGUAUCCUGUGCAGUGCUCUCAGGAAGAUGGAAUGAGACCACAAUGUGCACAAGCCAACGGAUGAUGGUUAUUCAAAUGUUUAAGACAUGUAUCUCGUGAAAAUAUUCAUUUAAACUGCAGUCAUAUACUCUCUUUAAUGUUCAUGUGUCUUGUAACGCGUGCCGUUACAAUAACUGAAACAUUGUAGUGAAAUAAGUGAAUUUGUAUGUUUGGUAUAAAUAGGAGUCUAUGUGUAGAAAAGAGGAAAAAAUUAAUGAUUCAAUAGUGUGACAUUAAAUUCACUUACGGUA